CUUUAUCGGCGUCAGCCAGGCAAGGAGAAAUCGAUAAUCUACAGGGCUAUUUCUUUCUUUCUCUCUCUCUAGGUCGAUUGCAGGAAAUUUUAUCGUCUGCUAACAUUAUUUAUGGAUGAGUCAUCUUUGUUAUCGACGUAGAGGCAGACGAUCUGACUUCGUUUCCAUAGCACCCACUGAAAUGUAAUUAUCCACAGUGAUCCUAAUGCCGUUUUGCCGUGAUCUUAUUAAACGCGUUCAAAGAGCUCUUGCUUCAGGUUGAAGAAUCACUGCAUCAUUGAGGCGAUGGACGUUGACGGCGAGACGAAUGAAAGUGAUGACGUCACAAUAGUAGAAGAGACACCAGAAGAGAAUAACCAUGGAAAAGAGAAAGUCUUAGCACCGCUGGCACCAAAGCCACUUCCUGUAAUGAUUAGACGAUCUGUUCCGGGUCAUAAGCUCAUGCCAACUCGAUACCUUACUAACACUAGUCACCCAGGUUUUAUCAACGCAUGGCGCAUGCUCAAGAAACAAGAACAGUUGAAGAGAGGUCCGAAAGAAAAAGAGACAUUCCGAAGAACCAUGUACUGUCUUCCAGAUAAAUACGCAAAACUUCCGAAAUUCUCCUCUGCCGAUCUAGCAGAGAAAGCUUUGGUGCAAGAGCACCAAGAUAUGGGAUAUGGAUAUCCUGCUCAAGACUAUGAUUCUAAUCAAAUUCCCAGAAAAACGGAACUCUGUCUUUCUCUGUCACCUCAAGAAUUUGAAAAGCACCUCUCUGAGGUUCUUUACCCAAGCCUGAAAGGAAAGAAAUUCGAAAUCUACAAGAUAGACAAACAACGCCGUUUGAUCCGCCUCGCCAAAUACACUCCCCGAGCAAUCAAAGACUCCAAGUAUCAAGGCAGCCUCAUUAUCAUACCAUAUGUAAAGGAGGAGGAUCGCCCCCCUCAGGUCCUUUACCGUUGUGGGGAGGAAUACUUCAUGCACCAAGUGUCUUCUACGACCAGUCCCCCAAACCAAAUACCUCUCAUCGGAACCCCUCCAGAGUUACCGAGACCUAUCAGUGAGGGUAGCGUUGAAGGGGCUUCACAAUCGUCCAUUGCCACGUCAUCCACAAAUUUUCAAGUGACGUCACCAAAGCACCAUGUCAUUCACAGAAAUCCAUCACCAUCUCCUCCAAUGGUACAACAACAAGUUAUCCUGGACUUGACUAACACCGUUAUUAAAUGUGAAACAGAACAUGUACCAGAACAAAACGUUCCCAGAGCCAACUUAUCUAUUGAAACUAAAGCAAAAUGCAAGAUAUUUGAAAUAUCUGAAUUCCUCAGAAUGCAAAUCCAGGAAAAAACUUUAAUUCAUAUCAGAAGAUCCCAUGUGUUGUCGGAUGUCAUAAAAAUCUACCAGAGAAACCCGGGAAUACUUCAAAGUGAUUUUAGCGUCUGCUUUGAGGAACAUCCAUGUAAUGAUGACUCGGAUCACGUGCCAUUGUCACCAUAUGCGAUGUUUGUUGAGUUUUGGAAGGAAGCAUUUGCAAAUGUUUUUGCAGGCAAUCAAGAAUCAGUCCCAAUGAUAGACCUCUCCAUUGAUCCAGAGUUUUUCAAAACGCUUGGUAAAAUUCUUUAUCAUGGACUUAUACUGUUAGACUAUUGGCCCGUAAAAUUAUCACAGGCUUGCGCAUGCGUAAUGAUUUUGAAUACGUGUUCUGAUCGACAACUUCUGACGUCACUACAUCGAACCAUGUCUGAUCAAGAGAGGUCUGUAAUAACUGAGGCAAAAAGAGAAAUUCGAUCGGGGUGUUCUGAAUUUUCUCUGUCAACAACAAGAAGCUUGUACCAAGUUCUCCGCUUAUAUGGCAAUACACAAAGACCAAAGCCUGGAAAUCUAGAACAACUUCUACUACAAAUAUCAAACUACUACUUAAAGCAGAAGUCGUACUGGGCGUUGUUUGAAAUGAGGAGUGGACUACAGGCUACUGUAUCAGACUUUCUCGGUCAUUUGGAGGAACAAGACGUGUUCACAUUCUAUUCACUCCUCACCCCAAACGCUUUAUCCUUAUUUGAAAAGACAAUCUACAUGUUCUCCGCCGCAGACAACAGCAUUAAUGAAAUGGAAGAAAAGCGUGUCAAAAUGUACUUCGAGAACUUUGUAAUGAAACUCAAUUGUGAAACCCUUUCUGCACUUCUCAUUAAAUGGAGCUACUCGGAUUGUCUCUGCAUGGAACACUUGUAUGUGCGGUUUUUGCCCAAUGCUAUUUCUGACAGGCCUCAUUUUGAUCCAAAUGAGACCACACUGACGUUGUCGUCUGUGUAUACGUCACAGGAAGAACUUCAUCAAUUGAUGAUGUCAGAACUGGAGACGUAGCUUACAUUCCGUGAAUGUCUAGAAC